AUGGGUCAGUCGCAUUCCAAGGGCAAUUCUGGCCCUGGCGACUCUCUGCAGUCCUACCCAUCCUUUUCUCGCUCUGACACGAAGGAGUCUCUUCGGUCUAUUCGGGGCUCUAUUCGAUCUAAGAUCCGUAGCAGCGAUAGCCCUCGCGCAUCCACUUCAGCUCUGUCCACGGGGAGCCAGACGGAUAAGUCCGAUGCCGGGUCGAUCAAGUCAACCGGGAGUAGAAGAAGCUCCACCAACCUGACUGCUCAAUCUCCUGGUGCCGAUGACUCAGCUUCUCAACUCGAUGCCCCGGAUCCACCUCCCUCUCCCACCUUGUCGAGCAGCCUGAAACGAGGCCAUAAGGAUGUCGAUGCGAUGCAGCAAAGCGGAGAGGUUGACCACGUGUCGGACGCGCCUCCCACUGGUGCUGCUCCAACGGGAUCUUCACAGAAAGUCGGCGAAUCCAUUCUUAUCAAGCGGCAAGAUCAGCUGAAUCCAAUCCUGGAUUUCAUCAUGAACACACCUUUGAAUGAUACAUCCUCGUCUCCAGGAAUGGGAAUGGGCGCUCUUAAGUCUAUCGACCUUGAUGACAUGAUCACACGUCUGCUGGAUGCCGGUUACUCAACUAAGGUCACCAAGACUGUCUGUCUCAAGAAUGCAGAGAUCACCGCCAUCUGUAGUGCGGCUCGGGAGCUAUUCCUCAGUCAGCCUGCACUUUUAGAGCUGUCGGCCCCUGUCAAGAUUGUGGGCGACGUUCACGGCCAAUACACCGACCUGAUCAGAUUGUUCGAAAUGUGUGGCUUCCCCCCAUCUUCGAAUUACCUCUUUCUGGGUGACUAUGUGGAUCGGGGCAAGCAAAGUUUGGAGACAAUUCUGCUUCUGUUGUGUUAUAAGCUCAAGUAUCCGGAGAACUUCUUCCUUCUGCGAGGCAAUCAUGAAUGUGCCAACGUUACCCGUGUAUACGGGUUCUACGAUGAAUGUAAACGGCGUUGCAACAUCAAGAUUUGGAAGACCUUCAUCGAUACGUUCAACUGCUUGCCGAUCGCUUCUAUUGUAGCUGGCAAAAUUUUCUGUGUCCACGGCGGACUUUCACCAAGUCUCUCCCAUAUGGACGAUAUCCGGGGGAUCGCGCGUCCGACUGACGUUCCCGACUACGGGCUGCUUAAUGACCUUCUUUGGAGUGAUCCGGCGGACAUGGAGGAGGAUUGGGAGCCUAAUGAGCGCGGCGUAAGUUACUGCUUUGGUAAGAAAGUGAUCAUGAAUUUCCUGCAACGGCAUGACUUCGACUUGGUAUGCCGAGCCCACAUGGUAGUGGAGGACGGUUAUGAGUUCUACCAGGAUCGCAUUCUAGUUACAGUAUUUUCUGCCCCUAACUACUGUGGAGAGUUUGAUAACUGGGGAGCAAUCAUGUCUGUCUCGGACGAACUCCUGUGCAGUUUCGAGUUGUUGAAACCGUUGGAUUCCACCGCACUGAAGAAUCAUAUCAAGAAGGGGCGGAAUAAGCGGAAUAGCAUGCUCAACAGUCCUCCUGCAAUUGUAUCAGCCCAAAGUUAUUAGACCUCCUGGUGAUUCGUUGCCAAGAAGUCGGCAUGCACCAUAUGUCACUACCGAAGCGAUCUGGGCCUGGGCUCAGUUGACGUUAAGCUCACCCCUUUCAGUCACGGCGUAGUCCGUCUGAAUUGAUUGGGCAAACACAUCAUGAAAAUCGUUCCUUUGCCGGACUCCCGUCGAUAUGUGCAUCCCUCGGGUGCUGGCCUUCUGGGACUCCUUAUUUGCAACGCAGCAAUGCCGGCUCCCAACCAAACGCCGCUUGGUUUGCCAUUGGCAAACUGAGCGGAUCAAGACCCAUCCUCCAUCAUUACUAGGGCGUUUGAUGCGAUUUGCUCGCCCCAUGAGGCACUCACCCGAAUUGACUUCGGCGCAAGUCCUACGCCGAUUUAGCGAGCUAUGCUCUGACUUCGCUAUGUAUACGGUCCCGGUUAUUUUUCUACGCAUAUAAUGAAUAGACAAGGUGUGCGGGGAAUCUGAUUUUCUGGCACCUGUGAAAACCCAUUUGAGAGCUAAAGGCGAUAGGAGUCUGUGUAUUUUGACCAGCUUUUCUUCUCGAUAAUUCCAUGUCGAUGAGACAUGGUUUGACGUGUCAUGAUAUCUUUUUGGUUUCCCCUUAUCUUCUCUUGUUUUGUCGCAGAUUCAUAUGAUGCUGGUUCCCUUUAUUGUUGCUUCUAUCCAUAUUGCUUCGGACAUGGGAUGGUCUCUAUAGCUCAUUUAGAUUUUCCCGAAGGACUAUUAUUAUCCAAAGGCUUCUGUACACAUUUCACUAUCCAUGCACAUGUCC